UUAAUUAAGAGGAAUGUGUGUGUGAGAGAAGAGAGGGAGCGCGAGCCAGGGAAGACAGACAGCACUUGAUUCCAUCUUCUCUCCAUCCACUCUGUGCACCUGUCCGCGCGCUCGCUGAUUCCUCGUCCGUCCUGACCAUCCUGCGCGUGCAUGUCCUCCACGGAGAAACUGCGUGCGCUCAGCCUUGAGGAGCAGCGCGAGCACCCCGAGGUAUCAGGUGUUGAUGUGCAGGUGAUGGGGGACACAUGUUCGCAUAAACUCGGCUCAACGAAGCUCCUGAAGCUCCUCAUCAUCAUCCUGCCCUGUGUGUGUGGCCUCAUCUGCCUCCUGACACUGCUGCUUGCCUUCACAGGAAUCAUUGGGAAUGGGCUGCUUGACUCCAGUGACUCCGCCCCUCUCUCCGCCACAGACGUUUCCAUGGCGACACACGUCCCCCUCGUUGCUGUAACUAUGGAUCGCCUCGCUGACGUCAGCGCCACAGCGACGAUAUCACAUAUCACCUCGGAAACGCUUCAUCCAGAAUCACCUUCCACUGACCCUUUGAUCUAUGACUCCUCCGCAUUUCCAUUGGAUGCUACACCUACGCCGACUGCUGAUUGGCUACUGAGUUUUUCCACUAUAAGUGCACUGUCAAGUGUCGAACCCACAAGCACUGAACCAGGUGCCUGCUAUGAUAUCACAGAGGCUCAGUGUCACAUGUUGCCAUAUAACCGGAGUGGUGUGUUGCCGGGGGCGAUGGUGGUAAAGCAUGGAGAGAUGGAGAUGUUCCUGCGCUUCUUCACGUACCUGAACAGACUAAACUGUUACUCACACAUCAUGCUGUUCGGCUGCACCAUCGCACUGCCACAAUGUGUCACGGAUGGGGGCAACACGCGUGUGAUUUUACCGUGUCAGUCAUUCUGCGAGGCGGCGAAGGAGGGAUGUGAAUCUGUUCUCCAGAUGUUUAACGCCUCCUGGCCUGACUUCCUGCGCUGCUCACAGUUUCUCAAUGUCACCACGGUAACACCUGGAGUCACGCCCACCUGCUACACACCACGCCACGCCAAGGGCCGUGCCUCUGUGUGUGGAGGCACUGACAGCUUCCUCUGUGCAACAGGAAUUUGUGUUUCACAGAAACUGGUGUGUAAUGGGUUCAACGAUUGCGAUGACUGGAGUGAUGAAGCCGACUGUGUGUGUUCAGAGAAAGAGUUCAGGUGUGGAACUGGCCGCUGUGUCAACGCUUCUCUGCUGUGUGAUGGCUAUGACGACUGUGGGGACCUCAGUGACGAGCACAACUGCAAGUGUGACCCAGUGAAGGAGCAUCAGUGUGGAGAUGGACGCUGCAUUCCUCUGGAGUGGCUCUGUGAUGGAGACCAUGACUGCCUGGACAAGAGCGACGAACUCAACUGCUCGUGUAAAGCACAGGGAUUGUUGGAGUGUAAAAAUGGACAGUGUAUCCCCAGUGCUUUUCGCUGUGAUGGUGAGGAAGACUGCAAAGAUGGCAGCGAUGAAGAAAACUGCCCAAAACAGCUGCUUCAUGGCUCAUGUCCUCCAGGUCAGCCCAGCUGUAUUUCCACUUCCUGUUCUCCUGGUUGUAGUGGUGGUGGUCCCUGUGAGCCACGCAACACUAGCACUAACUGCAGUGGCUGUGAGCCAAUCUCACUGGAGCUGUGUAUGAACCUGCCUUACAACACAACACGGUUUCCAAACUAUCUGGGCCACCAGUCUCAGAAGGAGACUUCAGUGAGCUGGGAGUCGUCCCUCUUCCCUGCACUCGUUCAAACCAACUGUUACAAAUACCUCAUGUUCUUCGCCUGCACUGUCCUCGUGCCUAAGUGUGACCUGUUUACACACCAGAGAGUGCCACCAUGCAGGUCUCUCUGCAGGAGCUCUAAGGAGCGGUGUGAGUCGGUGCUAAGCAUCGUGGGACUGCAGUGGCCUGAGGAAAUGGACUGCACUCACUUUCCUGAGGAAGGACAAGAAGACACACCCUGUCUUCUUCCUGACCCUGAUGUAGAAGAAUGUUCACCCAGUCACUUCAAGUGUCACUCAGGACGGUGUGUGCUGUCCUCCAAACGCUGUGAUGGACACAAGGACUGCGACGACGAGAGCGAUGAAGACCACUGUGGUUGUAGAGAGCGUGGACUGUUCGAAUGCCCCUCAGAUAAAUCCUGCAUUAAGAACUCGAUGAUCUGUGAUGGCUUUCCGGACUGCAGCCUCCUGGAGGACGAGAAGAACUGCUCGGUAUGUAAUGAUAACGAGCUGGAGUGUAAUAAUCACGAGUGUGUGCACCGAACUCUGUGGUGUGAUGGGAGGAAGCACUGCACAGACAGCUCAGACGAGUGGAACUGCGUCUCUCUCUCCAGCUCUGUGUUGUUGGUCAGUAAGACAGCGGUGGAUUAUCAGGUUUGUGCUGAUGAGUGGAACCUGGAGCUCAGCACCAUCGCUUGCAAGCAGCUGGGUUUAGGAGCUCCUCUGUCAACAGAAGUGGUGGAGGAUGUGUACAUCUCUGGCAGGAGGCGCUGGCUUCAUGUUCAUCCUGACUGGAGCCUCCGUAACAACACCACACUGCAGGGACUACUGGAGAAAAGAGGUCAUUCCUGUCACUCACGAAAGAAGAUUGCUCUUCAGUGCACUAGAGGCGAAUGUGGGCGCAGGCCUGCAGCACGGAUGGUGAAAAGAAUUCUGGGAGGUCGUACAAGUCGUCCAGGUCGCUGGCCGUGGCAGUGUUCUCUACAGAGCGAGGAGAGCGGCCAUAUCUGUGGCUGUGUCCUGAUUGGAAGGAGGUGGGCUCUCACUGUGGCCCACUGCUUCGAGGGACGAGAGAGUGCAGAUGUGUGGAAGGUGGUGUUGGGGAUCAAUAACCUGGACCACCCAUCCAUACACACUCAGACUCGGAGUGUGAAGAGUGUGACGGUUCACUCGCGCUACAAUCGUGCGGUGGUCGAUUAUGACAUCAGCAUCAUCGAGCUGGAUGAGGAUGUGCACAUCAGCAGCCAUGUACGACCCGUGUGUUUACCUGAGCCUGGACACACACUCACUCCCGACACCUACUGCUAUAUCACUGGCUGGGGACACAUGGGCAACCGCAUGCCCUUUAAGCUGCAGGAGGGCGUGGUCAGGGUGAUCUCUCUGUCUCAGUGUCAGUCAUAUUUUGAUAUGAAGACCAUCACGUCCCGGAUGCUUUGUGCGGGUUAUGAGGCUGGAACCAUUGACUCCUGCAUGGGUGAUAGCGGUGGUCCGUUGGUGUGUGAGGACCCUGAUGGUCGCUGGACUCUGUAUGGCCUGACCUCAUGGGGCUCGGUGUGUUUCUCCAAAGUGCUUGGACCCGGUGUGUACGCCAACAUCACACACUUCACUGAGUGGAUCAGGAGACAGAUCUACUUGCACACCUUUCACCUAGUCUAGGACACACACACACACACACAUACACACCUGUAAUGGAAAUGAAGAGGGAAACAUUGAAUGUGUUAUCUAAUCAUUCCAGAAGGAAAUGUGUAUCUGUGUUUGUGUGUGUGUGUGUGUGUGAAAGAGAGAGAAAUAUUGUGACUCCUGGGUCUUAGAAGUGGUCUUUUAAUCAUAUGCAUUUCAAAUAUGCCACUUUGUGUGUGUGUGUGUGUGUGUGACAGAGAGAGAGGUAAUUAUUGACUGUUAAAUGUUGCUGCUAUCUUUGUUACCUGUUGCCAAACUGCCACAGUAGAAAUAUUAUUGUUGAAAAGUGUGUGUGUGUGUGUGUGUUGUGUUUGUGUGUGUGUUUGGGGUAUGUGUGUGUGUGUUGUAUUUGUGUGUGCGUGUGGUGUGUGUGUGUCUGUGUUUUAGGUUUCUCAGUAUUAUCUCACCGUUCCCUUCACUCUGCUGAACCAGCUUUAAAUUAUUUUUAUCUCUGAUUUUGUAUGUGUGUGUGUGUGUAUGUUAUGUGUUUUUCUCUGCCUAUUAAUCUCAAUGUUGAAACUGUAUACUUGUGUCACCUAAGGAAUUGAAAGAAAAUCAUGAGUAUGUGUAUGAUUGUGUUUGUGUGUUAAUAUUGUGUGUGUGUAUGAAUGUAUGUAUGAUUGUGUGUGUGUCUGUGUGUUAAUAUUGUGUGUGUGUAUGAAUGUAUGUAUGAUUGUGUGUGUGUCUGUGUGUUAAUAUUGUGUGUGUGUAUGAAUGUAUGUAUGAUUGUGUGUGUGUCUGUGUGUUAAUAUUGUGUGUGUGUAUGAAUGUAUGUAUGAUUGUGUGUGUGUGUGUGCGUAUGUGUAUAUGUGUGUGUGCGCAUAUGUGUUUGUGUGCAUAUGUGUUUGUGUGUGUAUGUGUAUAUGUGUUUGUGAGUGGGAGGGAUGUUUGUGUGUGUGUCUGUGUGUGUCUAUGUGUGUGUGUGUGCGUAUGUGUUUGUGUGUGGGUGUGUGUGUGUGUGCUUGUGAGUGUGUGUGUGUUUGUGUGUGUAUGUGUAUAUGUGUUUGUGAGUGGGAGGGAUGUUUGUGUGUGUGUCUGUGUGUGUCUAUGUGUGUGUGUGUGCGUAUGUGUUUGUGUGUGGGUGUGUGUGUGUGUGCUUGUGAGUGUGUGUGUGUUUGUGUGUGUAUGUGUAUAUGUGUUUGUGAGUGGGAGGGAUGUUUGUAUGUGUGUGUGUGUGUGCGUAUGUGUAUAUGUGUCUGUGUGUGUGUGUGCGUAUGUGUAUAUGUGUGUGUGUGUGUGUAUAUGUGUUUGUGUGUGUAUAUGUGUUUGUGAGUGGGAGGGAUGUUUGUAUGCAUGUAUGUGCGUCUGUGUGUAUGUGCGCGUAUGUGUUUGUUUGUGUGUGUAUGUGUUUGUAUAUAUGUGCUUGUGAGUGGGAGGGAUGUUUGUAUGCAUGUGUGUGUGUGUAUGUGCGCGUAUGUGUUUGUUUGUGUGUGUAUGUGUUUGUGUGUGUAUGUGUAUAUGUAUUUGUGAGUGGGAGGGAUGUUUGUGUGCGUGUGUGUGUGUGUGCGCGUAUGUGUUUGUUUGUGUGUGUAUGUGUUUGUGUGUGUAUGUGUAUAUGUGUUUGUGAGUGGGAGGGAUGUUUGUGUGCAUGUGUGUGUGGGUAUGUGUGUAUGUGUUUGUGUGUGAGUGUGUGUGUGUGAGUGAGUGUGUGUAUAUAUAUGUGUGUGUGUCAUGUACACUUAUAGAUCAGUGCUUUGAGGUUUUAAUGCAACAUUCCGUCCACAAUGUUGUGUUUUGUAAUUUUUUUAAAACUAUUUUUCUACUGCUUUUCUAUGUGUGCACAUGAACCUGGUGAAAGUGUGAAAUAUAACUUUCUGUAUUUUUAAUGAUGUAUUAUAUCACCUGUACGCCACUGUGUAGAGAUAUACACCAGUAAAGUUUAUGUAACAAUGUUGAAAAAAUGAAAACAGUGGAUUUGUAUUUCUCAAAUAAAACACACAG